AAACAAGACCGAUGGUCUGCCCAUCGCAUGGCAUCUCUAGAUACCCAGCGCAUCUCCAAUCAUGGCACCAAUCGUAGUAGUACCAUACGACCCAGCCUGGCCAUCGCAAUUCGAAGAGAUCAAGGCAUCCCUCGAGCAGAUCCUCGCAGCAGGAUCCUACCUCUCGAUCGAGCACGUCGGCAGCACGUCCGUCCCCCUCCUACCCGCCAAGGCGAUCAUAGACGUGGACAUAGUGGUGAAGCGCGAGGCGCUGGACAGCGUCUUUGCCGCCCUGCUCGAAAAAGGAGGCUACGUCUACAGAGGCGAUUUUGGGGUGCAGGACCGCCACGCGUUCCGACACCCCGAGUUGUUGCCCACGCGCAACGUGUAUGUUUGCGUCGAGGGGUGUCUGGGACUGCUGAAUCACCUUGCGCUCAGAGAUGUGCUGAGGCGGGACGAGGCGCUGAGGAAGGAGUAUGGGGAUGUCAAGAUGGAGCUUGCACGGCAGCAGCUUGAACUGAAUCCGUACUGCGAUGCGAAGACUGAGAUUGUGCUCAAGAUCUUGGCCAAGGCUGGCUUCUCCGAGGAGAGCAUGGCUCAGAUCGUGGUGAUGAAUGGGGGUCCGGCGCCGAAUGUGAUGGACAGCUCGGCUGGUGCGCCGGCCGGUGAGACUGUUACGACAUGUUCGUCCAGUGCGUGAUUAAGGGUGCAAGGCGGCUUGCUGUUUUGGACACGGACGCUUGCUGGUUCUUCAGGCAUCAAUGGGUUUGCGUGCGCAAACAGUGUAUGUAGCAGUUGGUAGUUGGUAGGGCAUAGAGUGCAAGAUAUGUGGAGAAAGUUGUGUGUGUCAGUCAGACUGCCAUCUGCGUCGUCAUUGCUGCACUCCAUAGUAGACGGAAAUAUACACGGCCCCGCAUUCUUGCAGGGGGCUGGAACGGAGGCGUGUGUGGACACGGGCACA